GUUUCCCUCCCUUUCUUUCUGCAUUGGUUUUUUUUUGAGCCUUGUUUUGGUUCCUUGAUACCCAGCAUCAUGUCUGGCCGUUUCGUGCGUUCAUCCAAGUAUCGCCACGUCUUCGGACGACCGACACGAAAGGAGCAAUGCUAUGAUAACCUACGUGUCUCUCGGAAUGCCUGGGAUACCAACCUUGUUAAGGCAAAUCCCAAAUAUCUGUCUGUGAACUGGGAAGCUGGUGGUGGAGGUGCUUUCGCCGUUAUUCCCUUAGAAGAACGAGGCAAAUUGCCCGAGCGGAUACCCCUGUUUCGUGGUCACACCGCGGUCGUUUUGGAUACGGACUGGAACCCUUUCAACGAUGAUUUGAUCGCAUCCGGUUCCGAUGAUGGCAGGGUCUUCCUCUGGCGGGUCCCUGAGGGGUUCACGCUAUCCCCUGAUGUAGACGCCGAUGAUAUCCAAGAUGUUGCGCCAGUUGGAAAGCUCAGUGGCCACCCGAAGAAGGUCGGGCACGUGCUCUUCAACCCCGCGGCUGAAAACAUCCUUGCGACGGCAUCCGGAGACUAUACAGUGAAGAUUUGGGAUAUUGAGGCUGGUGCAUCCAAGUUGACAUUGAACGUUGGCGACAUUGUGCAGUCGCAAUCAUGGAGCGCAAAUGGCUCGCUUCUUGUUACAACUUCUCGCGACAAGAAGCUGCGCGUCUGGGACGUGCGUCAAGAACGACCUGCGCACGAAGGGCAAGGACAUACAGGAGCAAAGAACAGUCGCUCGGUAUGGCUGGGUGAACGCGACAGGUUCGCAACCACUGGUUUCUCCAAGAUGAGUGAUCGCCAGCUUGCGCUCUGGGAUAUCCGCUCCCCUCAACUGCCGAUUGAUGGUUUUAAGACCCUCGACUCCAUCUCUGGUGUAUGUAUGCCGUUCUGGGAUGAUGGCACCCAGUGCCUGUACUUGGCUGGCAGGGGUGACGGCAACAUCCGAUACUUUGAGCUGGAGAAUGACAAGUUUGAGUACCUCUCGGAAUACAAGUCCGCAGACCCCCAACGCGGUAUCGCCUUUAUGCCCAAGCGUGGUGUGAACAUGCACGAGAAUGAGGUUACCCGCGCCUUCAAGACCGUCAACGAUACCUACAUUGAGCCCAUCUCUUUCAUUGUUCCUCGUAGGGCCGAGACAUUCCAGGACGACAUCUAUCCUCCUACCGUCGGCUUGAAGCCUGCCAUGAGUGCCUCGGAGUGGUUUGGCGGCAAGGAAGCAAUUCCCCCCAAAAUCUCUAUGGGCAGCCUUUACGACGGCCAGGGCUUGAAGGAGGUUACCGGUAUCCAGGACAAGCCCACCUCUAACUUGGGCACUGAGUCCAAGCCUGAACCCAAGUCUGAACCAGAAGCGAAGCCCGCCCCGCAAGUGAAGACCACUGAAUCCGCUCCCGAAACCACUCCCGUGGUCAAGCCAGCACCCUCCAUGAAAGAGCAGGGUGCCUCUAUGGCUGCCAUGGUCAACAAGUUUGCAGACGAUGAAGAAGCUGAGCCCGCAGAGGAGUCCAGCUUUGAUGAGCCCUCGAAGCCAAUCGAACGCGCUACCCGUUCCCCGGGCACCUCGUCACCAACUGUCAAGGACAGCCCCUUCCUGCAAAAGGAAAACUCCGCUAAAAUAUCAUCCCCAGUCUCGGCUUCUCCCGCUCCGGCCGACCGUUCUCAGUCUCCUGCUCAAAGCACCUUCAACGCUCAGCCCACAUCGUCUCCCGCAAGCACCACCGGUUCUACCGCCGCCGGCGCCAGCUCUGUCCCCGCUGACGCCGUCCAGCGCGAAAUCAGCGCAAUCAAGGACCUCAUCGCCGAACAAACAAAGACUAUCGCGUCCCAGGCCCUGCAGGUGCAGAACCUCACCGCCGAGAUCGAGUCUCUCAAGGCUAAGCUGGGCUAG